CAGCUGCAUCUAAGAAAUGGGCAAACACAGCACUUUAACCGGUCUUCCGUACUUAUCGCCUGUCAAACAGCAGAAUAGCUUCGGAAACAUAAACUCUGGUGUUUUAACCGUCAGCCGUCUCACAAGCAGCUCCAGGCGGAAGUGACAGAAACGGUGAAAAUACCAUCUUUGUUAUUUCAUCCUGCACCCAGGCAGGGGCAAGACAUGCCAAACACUACAUGUCUGGUGAGCAGGUCGGCGCAGUGGAGUGGGUGAUGCUUCUCAUUCCUGGACACCAGAGACACAGACGGUGCUAACGGGACGCCAUGGCGCACAGCCACCAGAGAAACCUCCAUGGACACGCCCUAAACGCAGACGAGAGGACGGCCACGCCCUCACACAGGACAGCUACGCCCUCACACAGGAUGGCCACGCCCUCACACAGGAUGGCCACGCCCUCACACAGGAGUGCCACACCCUCACACAUGAGGGCCUCCUCCUCCUCACUGCGAGAUGGCCGGCCGGAGGUGGACAGCUGGGAAAUCAUCGAGGGGCUGAAGAUUGGGCAGACCAGCGUCCUGAGGCCAGACAAACACGAAGGCUUCAUGCUAAAGAGGAGAAAAUGGCCGCUCAAAGGCUGGCACAAGCGCUUCUUUGUUCUGGAUAACGGGAUCCUGAAGUACUCCAAGUCUCCUGUGGAUAUUCAGAGGGGGAAGAUGCACGGCAGCAUCGAUGUGGGACUGUCGGUGAUGUCCAUAAAGAAGAGGACGCGUCGCAUUGACCUGGACACUGAGGAGCACAUCUACCACCUGAAGAUGAAGUCUCAGGAGGUCUUUGAUGCCUGGGUGUGCAAACUGCGACAUCAUCGGCUUUACCGGCAGAAUGAAAUUGUCCGGUCUCCCCGGGACGCCACGCUCCGAGCGUUCCCCCCCCUGGCCAGCGCAGAGCCCCCCCAGCCGGCCCCCGCCUCCGCCUCAAUCACUGAGCCACAGACGCUCCGCCACGGGGCCAGCCUGCCCGGGGCGUACAGCAGCGGGCAGAGGAAAGUGGCCGCCUGGCUGCUGGAGUCGCAGGAGAUGGACAGGUGUGCUGAAGAACUCACACGCUGCCAGUCCAACCUGACCGAGCUAAACCAGCUACUGCAGAGCCUGGAGAUCAUGCAUCGGACACAGUCUGCCCCCAACUUUGCAGACAUGCAGGCUAAUUCUGUUGACAUGUCAAAGAAAGACAAGCGCAUUAACAGAAGAUGGAGAACAAAAAGUGUCAGCAAAGAUGCAAAAAUGAACCUUCAGGUUCCUAUAAGCGCCAGCCUGUCGCCACGGAGACACUCGUCCAACCCGAAUCUGUGUGUGGAGGUGGUGGACUUCCCCACCCCCAGUGCGCAUGUUGGAGAGCCAGUAGAGGGUGCUACAGACUACAUCAAGCUGCAGGACCACUUCUGUGUCAUCGCUCACAAAGUGCACUCUCUGCUCCGGUCGGCCUUCAACACGGUUGCCAUAGAGAAGGAAAAACUGUCACAGCUCCUGACCGAACAGGAGCAAGCAGGCCAGGCUGCCCACAUCUUAGCCCUCAGACGGUCUCUCUCUCAGGCUUUGAGUCAGAACGCUGAGCUUCGAGCACGGCUGAACCGAAUCCACUCUGAGUCGGGCCUGUCUGAGCAAACCAUCAUCACUGAUCAGGCCUGCGAUGAUGUCCGUGCAGGACUCCCCCUGUCCCAGCAGGUCUCUGCGAGUCGGCUCUCUGUGUCCGAGUCUGUGUCCGAAUUCUUUGAUGCCCAGGAAGUGCUUCUGUCUGCCAGUUCCUCAGACAACGAGGGGUCCGAUGACGAGUCGUACGUCAGUGACGUGAGCGAUAACAUUUCCGAGGACAACGCCAGCGUUGCUGACAACAUCUCCAGGCAGAUGGCCAAUGGCGAGCUGACUGGAGGGGCCUUCCAAAACGGACGCCGCACAGGUCUGCCCGCCCCCUCCCCCGACACCAGCAGCAUCAACCUGUGGGAUGUCCUGCGCAAGAACAUCGGGAAGGACCUGUCCAAGGUGGCCCUGCCCGUGGAGCUCAACGAGCCACUCAACACCCUGCAGCGGCUGUGCGAGGAGCUGGAGUACGCCGAGCUGCUGGACAGGGCCGCAGAGACCGCCGACGACUACGAGCGCAUGGUGAUUGUUGCAGCUUUUGCAGUCUCUGGAUAUUCGUCCACCUACUACAGAGCUGGAAGCAAGCCAUUCAACCCCCUGCUUGGGGAAACGUAUGAAUGUAUUCGAGAAGACAAGGGACUAUGCUUUUUCUCUGAGCAGGUGAGCCACCAUCCCCCCAUCUCGGCAUGUCACUGCGAGUCCAAAAAGUUCACCUUCUGGCAAGAUAUCAGGUGGAAGAACACAUUUUGGGGAAAAUCUAUGGAAAUCCUGCCUAUUGGGACGGUCCACGUCAUGCUUCCAAAGUAUGGUGACCACUACGAGUGGAACAAGGUUACUACCUGUGUGCACAAUAUUCUGAGUGGGAGGAGAUGGAUGGAGCACUAUGGGGAAAUCACCAUUAGGAACAGCAGAAACACCACCUGUAUCUGCAAACUCACCUUCGUCAAGGGGAACUAUUGGAGCUCCAACGCAAAUGAGGUCCAUGGAGUGGUGCUGGACCAGGAGGGGAGGACCGUGCACCACCUGUUUGGGAAGUGGCACGAAGGCCUGUACUGUGGCGUGCCGCCAUCCGCCAAAUGCGUCUGGAGGCCAGGCUCCAUGCCGCCUGGCUGCGAGCUGUACUACGGGUUCACAAGGUUCGCCAUCGAGCUCAAUGAGCUCUGCCCUGAAAUUAAGGACCUGCUGCCGCCUACAGACUCCCGAUUCCGGCCUGACCAGAGGUAUCUGGAGGAGGGGCAGGUGGAGCUGGCUGCCUCGGAGAAGCAGCGUAUGGAGGACCUGCAGAGAGGCAGGAGGAGGUACCUGGAAGAGAACGGCCUGAUGCACCAGCCACGGUUCUUCAGGAAAGUCAUAGACGCCCAUCAGAGAGAGAGAUGGGUCUCCAACAACACCUACUGGGAGCUCCGAAAAAACCCUGGCUUUAACAGACUGGAGAACCCCGCGCUGUGGUAG